AUGGUUCCAUCUCUCAAGAAAUACAUGAAGGAGAUCCUCACUGAUAAGCUCAGUUUGGAGAAAGUAGUAAUGUAUAUCACGCAAGAAUGCAGUUCAAUGCUCCAAAAUCAAAUGCCAGAAAAAUGUGGAGAUCCAGGACCGUUUACUUUUCCUUGCACAAUAGGAGAUCUCAAGUUCAAUAAAUGCCUCUGCGAUUUAGGAGCAAGUGUGAGCCUGAUGCCACUCAGCGUUGCAACGCGACUUGGUCUAUACACUUUCAAGCCGACCCAAGUCACUUUAGUCCUAGCUGAUCACUCUACCCGACAUCCAGAAGGGGUAUUGGAGAGCCUACCAGUGCAAAUUGGGAACUUCUAUAUACCCACUGACUUCAUUGUUUUGAAACUCGACGAGGAAUCCCAAGAACCCAUUCUACUUGGAAGACCUUUCUUGGCCACGGAUGGUGCAAUGAUAAACGUCUGA